AUGCGUUAUCCCGAGUUCCUCGUCCCCGCUGUUUUCGCUUUGCUCGAUGUUACUCAAGCACUCACCUGCGAUAUUCCCACGGGUGUGCAAUUCCCUGAGGGAACGCCUCAUGAUUGCUGCCUAUACUAUAUCCCAACUGCGGCUGAGCAUGACUGCACUCUUUUGACAGCCGCAUUAGCCGCAUUACCUGUUACAGUUACUGUGGCUGAUGUCUUCGCCUUGAACCCGAAUCUCGACGACAGCUGUGCUAAUCUGGAAGGCAACUCGAACCACGCAUACUGUAUACUACGCAAUAACCCCGAUCACAAGGGUGGCCCGGCUGGUAGUGGACAUAAAGGUGGACACAAGGGUGAAUCCAACGGUGAAUCCAACGGUGACCACAAGGGUGAAUCUAACGGUGAAUCCAACGGUGACCACAAGGGUGAAUCNAACGGUGAAUCCAACGGUGACCACAAGGGUGAAUCUAACGGUGAAUCCAACGGUGACCACAAGGGUGAAUCCAACGGUGACCACAAAGGUGAAUCUAACGGUGAUCACAAAGGUGAAUCUGGUACCGCUCCAAGCAUCAGCAUUGCAAAGCCCGGACCCACAGGUGGUUCAGCAACCAGUGUAGUCGAAGCUUCUGGAGCUUCCGGAAUACUCGCGCUUGGGGCUUGGAGCGUGAUGUUGGUUCAUGGGCUGUUGGCAACUGUUCUUCUACUAUAA